AUGUCAGCUCCACGCCCCCAGUCACCGGUAAACUCGCAGGCUUCGACCGGCACCACGACCGCCCGCCCAGCAUCACCGAAACCACCAGGUGGCCCAGCCACAGCGAUCAGGAGGAAGGCGGCUGCAGACAGAGCGGACAAGGUUGCCAACACACGGCCAUCGAGCACUAGGGCUGCAGGUGCGGGAGGCAGCAGCAGCACGAUGUUGCGACUGUACACGGACGAGUCGCCUGGACUCAAGGUUGAUCCCUUUGUCGUCAUGGUGUUGUCGAUUGGAUUCAUCAUCAGCGUGGUUGCGCUGCAUAUCAUUGCCAAAUUCACCAAGAGAUUCUCCUCAUAA